AUGUAUAUUGAUAAUGAAUGGCUUGAUCAAUAAUUAUAAUAAGUUCAACAGAUGGAUUUCCAAAAUUAAAACCUACCCAGUAAUACAGAUAUUUCACAAUUUGUUUUGUAACAGUCAUAAGGUGAAACUCCAUCUUUAGACUAAAAUAAAAAGGAGGAAAUUGAAUUCUCGAUACUUAAUUUAGAAAACUUUGAAGAUGAUGAAUAAAACAAAUAUUCUCACAAUAAAAAGUACUAAUUAGAAAAAAAGAAAAAGAAUUUUAAAAAAUGCAAAACAACAACUAAUGGAUUUGCAUUAGAUGAAACUGAUUUAUUUUAAACAGAAUAAGAAUCUUUUAAGAAAUGGAAGAGUUCAUAAGUUUAAAAAAAGUCAGAAUUUACAAAAUAAUUUAAUGACUAUAAAUAGUAUUAUCAGACAGAGAUAGUCGUCAAGUAUUUUGGAUCCAAAUAUCAAUAAACACUUCUAGUAAGCGAUUAAAUUAUAGCUGCAGAACUAAUUGUCUUGGCUCUUAAGACAUUUUAAUAAGACUAAUUUAGCGAUAAAUCAAAAUACGAAUAUCCUAAUUUCUCACUGGCUUAUAAACUAAUUGGAACAGAAAUCAGCCCCACUAAAUUUACAUGUACAAAUGAUGAAAAUUUUGAAAACGACAGCAAUAAAUUAGAUGAUGAAUCUUUAGAAAACCCAGAGAUUGAUUUAGAAUCAUAGGUAUUUUAUAGGACUGUUGAGUUAGUACCAGGUCUCAAUUCUUUUGGAUUAGAUUUCCAGUUCAUAAAAUAAACAUAUCUAUCUCAUCCAGAAUUUCUUAUUUUAUUAAUAGAAGAUCCAAAGUCCUAAACAUUUUAUCAUAUAAAAGUUAAAAAAACAGGGAAUCUAAAGGAUUGUUAAAAUGAAUUAAAUAGAAAAUUGACAAGGAAAUACCUAAAAAAUGAUUACUUUUUAAGCUUGAAAUAUCCUUGUGUUAAUUAUGAUUGUGGAGAUCUUGGUGACCAAUUUCCAAUAGAUUAAUUACCUCUGCAUUGGUUAGUAAUCCAUUCCAGGUCCUCAAAUUUACUAUAGGAAUCUUAGGAUGAUGCUAAUGUUCCAAUUAAAAAUAACAUGAACAAUUUUCAAGAAAACAAUAAUCCAUCUAAUUCUUGUAGAUUUUUAUCAUUAGAUUUUAUGUAACUCGCCAUUGUAGAGAAGAUGCCAUUAUUAUAUGGGUACUAGGAAUUUAAUUUAAUAAAAUACGAUAAAGGGUGUUUUAAUGAGAUUGUGUUUGGGAUAGACUAUUUUGACAUCUAUUAUUAUUAUAAUGAAAAAUAAAGCAAAAAGAAUGGGAUUCUCAAUUUCAUUUACAUGAUAGCAAAACAAAUCUUCAUAGAAAAAAGAGAGAGAAAAAAGUUCAAAAGAAUUCCACUAAAUGUUAUUGCAGAUUUAAAACUGAAGAAAGAUAAAUACUUUGAAAUCCACUAUGAAUUAUUUGACGGAUUUAAAAAGAAACUGUAAUUUUUUUCGAGAAACGAUGAUAAAAAUGUUAUUAGAGAAGUGUUUAGCAAAUUAGAAUAUUUGGUAUCAAUUUAACAAUUUAAUGAAUGA